UUGGUUCAAGUGGCCAGAGCGGUGCAGGAGCCGCCUGCCCCUUUAGGCCGCCAACUUUGUAGAAGAUAAUGAGCAUAGAACGGGUGGCCUGCGUGGUUUGUGCCGCCCUCUUCGCAGCAAGAUCACUUUCGGCCUUUACGGUUGGUCAAGUACCUAAGACACUCUCGCCACCACGAAUCUCCGAGCCAGUUGGGGCUGGAAGUGCUGCACAUGCAGCAGGUAAUGGCCUCAGCGCUGGUGGCUCGAUGUGCGGAGUAGUCUUCGGGUUGCUCGCUGCCAGUGGCCUUGCGGUCCGCAGCAUGCGCCGAAAACGAGGAGUGGAGUGCAAUGCUUUCUCCAGCAGCAGCAGUGGCUUCAUGGGCACAUCAUGUGCUUCUUCCUACAUCCUCUCGCCAUCAGCCUACGAGGUGACUCCACAACCGCAACCAGUUGCUUCAGGUGUGGCAAGCAUGGGCAUGAAGGCACAAGUUUGGUGGAUCCGCAACAACGGGUUUGAUGGACCGAAAAGAGGUGGAGCCCGUAUUUUCGAGAGUAGGCGCCGAGAGUCGAGGCGCCGGGGUGAAGAGCUUUUCCGUCAUGACGUCGAUGAGUUCGAACUAUGUGUCCACAAUUUGAUUCAUGCACCUGGAUCCUUGAAGAAAAGGAUUCAGCGUGGUCGUGGAAAGUACGGGCAUCAUGGUCGAACCUGUGGCCACGGCUGCACGAAGAACGGUGCUCACAAGCGCGGACGACGAACAAUUAAUCCUGGCUAUGAGGGCAAUCAGAAGCCCUUGCACCUCAAGACGCCAAAGUUGACCCAAGCUCAACGCGACUCCAUGAAGCAAGACCCUUAUACGCCAAUCACAGUGCAAGUGCUGAACCUGUGUGAAGAUGGAGACGAGGUUGAUUACAUGGACCUCUUCGUUCGUGGCUUUCCGGUACCUCCUCGUAAGAAGUUUGACAGGGUCAAAGUCAAGGCCACAGACGCGGAGGAGUUGACAGCGAAGAACUUGACAGUCUACGCACAUGCGUUUGAGCCAGCAGCUCGCGAGAAGAUCGAAAUGAAUGGCGGAAGGUGCAUUCGACUAUCGGAUGUUGGCAGCCUGCCCAUCGAUGCUCGUUGGCUCAGCACCAAUGAGUUCAAGGUUGGCACUGAUCAACCAGAAACCGCCGUGAAGAUGCUGGAGAGUGGAAGGAUUGUGAGAGCGGACGAGGAUGAGGAAGCCUGAGUGAUCCAAGUCAAAAGCUGCGAAACAAAAGAGCUCCGAGCUGCCAAACAGACAAAGAUCCGACAGGGAA